AUGUGGCCUAAAGGCCAUUCUCCCUUCACUAGGCAUAAAGUUUACUAUCCUCGAAACAAUACUCUAUAUUUGGACAAGUUUUUUACUAUCAAACGCAUAUCAGAUAAACAAGAAACCUCUUCUUCUGUGUCAGCAUUCCUUGUACAAAAAGCAAUAGCAAUUACAGUCGGUGAUGUCCCAUCAGUUCGGAAAAUGCGAUCUGAUGAUUUAUUAGUGGAAAUCAGUAUCAAAAAACAAGCACAACAAAGUAUGAAACUAAAAGCUCUCGCAUAUAUUCCUGUUUCUGUGAAUCCGCCUACAUCUCUAAAUUUCUCCAAAGGUGUUAUUACCUGCGGAGAAUUAUUUAAUGUCUCUAUAGAAGAAAUAUCCUCUGAAAUGAAGCCACAAGGCAUGACGCAUGUUCGCCAGACAACAAUUCGGCGGAAUGGUCAAUUGCUUCCAACCAAGCAUUAUAUACUUACUUUUCAUAGUCCUAAAUUACCCGAAUCUAUAUAUGCAGGCUAUAUCAAAUUACCUGUUCGCCAGUACAUACCAAAUCCAUUGAGAUGCAUCCAGGGCCAGCGCUUUGGCCAUUCAAAAGUUAAUUGCCGAGGACUCUCAUUUGCGCCCGUUGUGCCGAAAAGGGCAUGA